UCGGGAAUUUUACUGGGAGGGAAAUCUAGAUGGUUUCGGCAUCACGAUGGCCUUUCUCUACCUGGUGGUUUGGGUCAUGGGGCUAGCUGGAAACGCACUCGUUAUCGUCGCCAUUUUAAAGUUUGACAAGCUGUCCUCUUCAACCACAGUGUACAUUUUCAACCUUGCGCUGGCCGAUGGACUAUUCAUGGUUGGUCUUCCCUUUAUAGCGAGUCAGAAUUUCAUGAACCGCUGGAUUUUUGGAGAUGUGGCGUGCAAAGCUGUCAUGGUGCUGGACGGCAUCAAUCAGUUCACCAGCGUCUUCUGCCUGACGGUGAUGAGCAUCGACCGCUACAUGGCGCUGGUGGAGCCACUUCGCUUUGCCCGUUGGAGGACCCCACGCUGUGCCAAGAUUGUUUCAUCCCUCCUCUGGCUGUUCUCCCUCCUCACCAUCCUCCCGAUGGCGCUUCACUUCUCGACCGAUCAUGGCUUUUGUACGCCGGAUCUCGGCUCCGACGCCCGGUGGCUUGGCGUCCUCUCUUACACCUUUAUUUUGGGUUUCGCUUUACCAUUUACAGUUAUGACAGGUUUCUACGUGGCAAUGCUGCUCGCCUUGUGGGGUCAGAAACUCCGAACCUCAGCGGUGACCCUGGAGAGCCAGCAGCUGGAGCAACAGGUCACCAAAAUGGUGGUCGCGGUGGUGGUUGUGUUUGGUUUGUGCUGGCUGCCGUUUUACACCUUCAACUUCUGUUCUCCAUACCAAAACAGCUACGCCGUGACCUUCUACAGGGCUUUCGAGUUUGUGGUCCUGCUUUCCUACUCAUGGAGCUGCGCGAACCCCAUCCUCUACGCCUGCCUCUCUGACACCUUCAGGAGGCACUUCCGCACCCUACUCUGCCCCAUCACCAAGUCUUCUUCCAGCAUGCAGUGCAUCACUGACCAGCAGAACCUAAAUGACACAGUUGUGUGUGAUGGCACCAGUACCCCAUAAAGCCAAACGAAUACUGGCUGCAUUUUAAUUCCCUUCCUAUUAUGAUGCACUGCACGGUACUUUUGGACUUCUUUCUUUUUAGUUACUCCAAUAAUGCAUUGCAGGUACCUACAAUGACUUAGGAAAUCACUGUAUGUGCAGCCACUAUAUUCUUUGUUUAUUUCCACAAUUGUUUGCCUAAUCCGAGUUAAACUUGGCUGGCUUUCUGCUGACAACCCGAGUAAGUGAAGUGCUGACUUUCAGAUCAUUUGGAUGAGCGAUUCUCAUAUUUUGACUAAAAGUUGUUCUCUGCUACCAGUGUUUGCACUAGACGGACUGCUGACUGCUCCACUCUGUGUGUAGGGGGGAUAGGCAUACAUACAUACACAGAUAUGUUAAUCGCUUUUCUUUGAGUGGGCAUUCAUUGACAUUAAUGCAUUAAUGCAGCUACCCUGGGCUGAACUAAUCUCUAACUGUAACAACUGUAACCCUGAAACAGCUUUAACCCAGUCAUCCAAACUGUUAAAAUUCUUCCAACAUUCCAUUAAGCUGAUGGCCCAAAACUCAAAAGUUAGUCGUCACAAGGACAACUGGACAAGUUUCACUGUAGUUUUCUCGUCUUUGGUUUUCUGUGACAAAUUUGGAUGUGCUGUAACAACCCAUUUUGCCCAUUCUGGACAGCCAAGUUUGAACUGGAGCAAUCACAGACACGUGCAG